AUGUUGUUUUCAGAUUCUUUGCACGACUCAAUGACUACCUACAGUCACCCGGUGGAGGAGCAUGAGGACGUAUGGUAUCCUUAUGUUCAUUUUCACGGGUUUUAUGACCCCGUUAUGGUUGGUAGCAUUGAUGGUACCGACACUGUUCCUCACGAUCGGGCCGUCAUGCGUUGUCUCUCAGCAACAUACAAACCAAAGUUUUCCGAGUGCCUUGGACUGGAUCCAAAGGAUGGGGACCACGUGAUCCUCAUUGUGCCUGGUUGGAGACACUACAAGAUAUGGCUGCCAACCGAUGUCAGUGGCGUUGUUGCUGUCAGUUUCUAUCCAGGUUAUCUGAGCGAAUGUCUGGAGGUGUGGGCACCUCGGAAUGAUUGUGGUAAGCUAGCAGCCACGCUUUUCGUUGGACGUCUGUCGCCACAGACUACCUCCUCGGUACUCAUAGAGGCACUUCACUCUCUACUUCACCGGCCAACUGAACGGCAACAACAAUCGAAACGGUCACCCGAGUCUCGUCGUGAACGUCGCCCGCGGUUGCGUCAUCGCAGUCGUUCUCCAUUUGAUACGGAGUCCAGCGUACCGGAAAAUCGCAUACUCUGGCCAAAAGUUCGGCUAGUCAGGAACAUUGCUACCGGAUACCCAUGUGGCUAUGCGUUUGCCUACUUCGAAAACCCCAGAGACGCAGAGUGUGUUCUAAGGAAUUGGACGCAGCGUGCGCGGUCAAUGGCCGGUUCACAGUAUGGAGCCAAACCUGAAGGCUUGGACAUCCCUGGCGGUGAAAAGGCAAGUUCAAUCCUUAUCUCUUUCUUUUCUGAUGCCUUGUUUCUGUCAGCUGAAAAAGGCUACAGUGUGGCAUCGAGAAAACAUGCAAACAGAGGUUCCAGCUCAGGCCCAUCAACUCGAUGCACCUCGCCUGUUCCAAUGAGUCAUAGGUCAUUCUUGAACCAGCCUUCGCCGAGUCACUUCCUGGUUGGCGGCCUCGACGUCUUGGAGGUGGUCUUGGAGGGCGGAAAGAAGCCGGACAGUUACGCUUUGGUGGGAUCGCACGACCUUUCCGACGUCCGUUCAAUUUUCACACGAGUUGACACUUAA